ACGUGCAGAGGAGCGAUGGAGUCCGAACAGCCUCGAGCCGCAGUGUGCCUGCUGUGUGGAGAGCGCUACUCCCUUCCCGAGGAUGAGCUGGAGGGGAACCUGCCACGGGUCUUGCUCUGUGGGCAUAUUUACUGCUCAUCUUGCCUGAGACCCCUGGAGCACAACAGUACCAUCACAUGUCCACAGUGUGAGGUGGAGUCCAUGCUGCCUGAGGCGGGGGUGGAUGGGCUGACAGAAGACUGCAGGAUCAUCGGGCUGCUUUACACAACCAAGAUGAACAAGAAGAGGCCCCACAGGUCCAGCCCUUCCACUUGGCCCAGGAACAGGGAACCUCUGCUCCAGAGUGGCCAGCAGCACAGGGAGGAUGACUCAGAACACUCUGAAGAUCUGCACAAGUUUGAGCAGGGGGUGGAUGAAGCUUUGGUUCGGGCCACUGAAAACCUAGCCCAGCUCGAGAACAUCCAAGAGACUCUCCAGAAAUGCUUGACUAAACAGGUUUCAAGAGAGAGGUCUCGGCUGCAGUCGGAGAUUACCCAGGCCACCUCCGAAGCUAUUCACUGCAUCCAGAAGUGGAAGGAGUCUCAGCUGGAGAAGCUCCCUGCACUGGAAUCCUACUUCACCCAAAUAGCGAGCCAGAUGGAGCAGGUUGAGGAGAGGGUGAGGAGCCUGCGGCUCGCCAUUCAGAAGGCCAGGGAAGUGCGUCGGGUCAAAUUCUUGGAGAAGUACUGCCCACUUGACGAGGUUCUGGAGACACUGCAGGCUCCAGUGGACAACCAGUUAGAUCUGAGCUGUCUCUCUGAGGUCACAGGUCUAAGAUGUGGCCUGAACUCUCACACUGUGGAAGAGACUUUGACUGUAUCCCUGGACUUAUUCUCAAACCACAAGGACACUUCCCAGAGUGAGGGGCCUCAGUGGCUUCACUCUAAUGACAAUCCAAAAGCCUUGUGCAGCAGCAGUCCAGGCAGUAGGAGCCCCUCUCUUGCACCCUCCCCCAGCCUGUUAUGCCAGGGCUCCACCUGUGACCUGGCCCCAGACGUCAUCAUUGAGGAGGUGUUUGAGGACAUCCAGCAGGUGUCCCUUCCUCCCACUGGCCCCCAACCAGCCUAUGACCAGACCAGGAGCAAGAGGAGGAAAACGCCUGCAAGCUACACUAGAAGUGUGACACAGUGGGUUGUGGUGACCCAUGUGGUGAACCCCAAUCACUUCUAUGUGCAAUAUGUGGCUGAGAAGAAGGAGGGCGAGCUCUUAUCUAAGAAGAUCAACCUGUUCUGCUCCAAGCCCAGCAGCCUCCUGUGUGCCCCCCACACACUGGACACAGGCUCUCUGAUCUUUGUCAAAUAUAAAGAUGGUCUGUGGCACAGGGCCAGAGUGAUGGAGUUGUCUCAGGCUGGAUACACUGGCAGAGUCAAGUGCUGCCCAGUCAUGCAUAUAGCCAGUGUGCAAGUGUUCUUCAUUGACACUGGUCUUACCACAGCUAUCACUGUUAAAAGUGAGAACAGAGAGUCUGAUGCAUUACUCAAGGCAGUCAACAACUACUUGCGCAGAAUGGUGGACGUGGCCAGGGCUGAGCUGGACUCAUUUGCUCCGCAGGCCAUCCGUUGCUGCCUCAAGGAUCUGGUGCCCUAUGACCUGACAAAAGGCUGGACUAAAGAGGCACAGGUUGAAUUUUGCAGUAUGGUUAACUCCACGACUGUGAAGAUGCACACUCUGGGACAGGAUAAAGACUCUCUGCUGGUGGACCUGAAGAAAGUUCCUUUGAACAGGGCCAGUGGCCCCCACAUAUCAGUCCGAGAACACUUGGUUUUCAUUGAGGUGGCCAGGUUUUACUCUCCUGUGACAGUGAGUAAGAAACCCUUACUGUACUAUCCUCCAGUCAGCCCCAGGACCCACACCGAGCUCAAUGCUGUGGUGUCUUAUAUCCACACCCCAGGAGACUUCUACAUUCAGCUGGUGGAUAACAUGGAGUCACUGCUUCUGUCAGAAAAGCUUCAGAAGUUUUACAGUACUCCCCUGGAGUCUGAAGAGGAGGACCUACGCAUCUACUGCCCUGUAAUCGGAGAGGCCUGCGUGGCUCUGUUUGAGGAUAAGAUGUGGUAUAGGGCUCAGAUCACAGGUCAUCCAGGUGGUAGAAAGGUGGAGGUGGUGUAUGUGGACUUUGGUAAUAAGGAGAUCCUGCCGGUAACAGACCUGAGGAAAAUCAAGGAUGAGUUUUUCGCCCUCCCUGCGAUGGCUAUCCACUGUUGCCUCUCUGAUGUGGUUCCUCUGGAUGGAAGGAAUUGGAGUGAAGCAUGUUCUUCUCGCUUUAUCAGCCUGGCCAACCAGAAACUGGUCACAAUGGUGGCUACAGCCAAAAGACCUCGGUAUGGACCUGUCCCCGUUAAAUUGUUUGAGAGCAGCCUGAAUGGACCUCUGGACAAUAUUGGGGAAAAGCUGGUGAAGGAGGUUCUGGCCUGUUUAAGAGAUGGAUCCAGCCAGAACAGCAGCAGACACAGCAGUGAGGACUCUACUGUGUGGGACCCUCCUCUGGAGCCAGGCUCAGAUGGGGCCAGUGCAGCAGACAUCCCCUCUGACUUCCAGCCCCAACUCCCACUGCCUGCCCAGCUCAAAGAGGUCAAGGUGCGAAUCAGCCACGUCAACUCCCCCAGCAGCUUCUAUGUACAGCUCACCAAGUACGACCCGUGGCUCAAACGGGUGUGUGAACUGCUCAGAAAGGAAUGUACUCAAAGGAAGCCGGAGGAUGUGGUGUGGAAGGCAGGCAUGUACUGUGCUGCUUACAUCAAUGGGAUCUGGGAAAGGGCCCAACUCUGUGCUGAUGUCCUGUCCAGCGAUAUUGCAGAGGUCAUUCGCUGUGACCAUGGCAACAAGGCAAAGCUGCACAUAAGCAACCUGCUGCUGCUGCCCCCUGAGCUGGUGGGCUCUCUGGCCCUGGAAUGCACUCUCUACAACAUCAGACCGGCAGGAGGCCGAUCCACGUGGACAGCUACUGCCUGUGACUUCAUCUCAUUCUAUCUGAGCGGAGCUUCAGCCAUCCUAACAGCAAAGGAGGUGGGUGAGGAACGCCCUGUGCCAGUCACUCUGUCCUGCUCUAACACCAUGGGGCAGUUUGUGAGCAUUGCAGACUCUCUGGUGAGCCAAGGCCUGGCCCUGCGAGAGAGAAGACCCAUGUCUGAUGCUGCUGGUUCUGUGGUGAGCCCAAAGGAAGCAGAUGUCCCAGACUGUGAGAAAAAAAGGACUCUUCCCAGUAGCUCCAGCAGUACUGCUAUGUCAGCCAGCCCCCUGUCAAGCCUUCGGCCCAAACCAUCCCCACGCUGCUUUAGGACCAUAGAGAUGAUUCAAACUCCAUUGUACCAUGCCCCUGAGCUGCCCUGCCCUGGUCACUUACUCAUGACCAUAUCUGCCAUUGGAGAAGAUGGAACCAUUUAUGCCCGCACCCCAAAUGCAGAGCGACAGUUGGAACAGCUGAAGAAGAUGAUCCAGCAGAGCAUGAAGUUUAAUCCAUGUCAGAAAAACUACACGUGGAAGAGCGUUGAGGGCUGUGUCAUCUAUGGACCUGACAUGCUCUGGCACAGAGGGCAGCGGCUGGAGGUGCUGGGAGGCCACGUCAAGGUUCAGUACAUUGACUAUGGGCAUGUGGAGAGCAUCCCUGUGGUGCAUGUUCACCCCAGGCUGCUGUGUGAGGAUGUGCCUCAGCUGUGUGUGCCCUUCCAGCUUCAUGGCAUCGCACCGGUGGGAGGGAGCUGGCAGAGAGAGGCUGUGGCUCUUCUCUCAGAGUUGUUGCUGAACCGCUGUGUGGAUGUGCACAUUUUGGAGCUACCCACAGACCCCCGAGGACCUCUGACUGUACAGGUGUUUGUGGACGGCCUCAGCCUCAGCACCAUCCUGAGUGAAAACAACCACGGCUCCCUGGAGUAUAUGGCCCUGCCUUCCCAGGCAACCUUUGGUAUUUCAGCACCAGCUUUCCUGGACGACUGGGAUAUUGACAUUGAGGGUAUGCUGGAGGAGGAAGAGCAGCAGCUGAGUUCCUUUAUCUACCCAGACUUGCCCACAGGAGAGAACUUCCCUGUCAGAGUAAAGCACCUGCGGACACCCAAUGAGCUCUUUCUGUGGCUACUGGAAGGAUUGGACACAAAGAUCAAUGGAGAGACUUUGGACGAUGCUCUGAUUAGAAUCAACACAGCCAUUGAUAAAGUCCCACGGCUCAGCAGCUUCCCCCGUGGAUGUCCAUGUCUGGCUGAGUACAGUGAUGGCAAAUACUACAGAGCUCUGAUCAUGGAUAUCAGCAGUGUGCAACCCCUCCUCCUCCUGGUUCACCAUGUGGACUACGGCUCCGAUGACACACUGCCCCCUACCAAACUGCGUCAGAUGCUGCCUGAGCUCCUUCCGUUUCCCACCCGCGCUCUCAAGGUGAAGGUGGCAGGUUUCAAGGCUUCGUUGAUGAACAGGGAGGAGGACAUCCUGCCCUACAGUCCUAUGUGGAGUGUCCAAGCAGCCAUGGAUAUGCUCGAUCUGCUGUGUGGCUACAUCACAGCCACUGUGGUGGCACGGGAGCCGGAGCUCACUGUUCUCCUGUACAAUGAAGAUGGCCAGCCAGUCUAUAAGCCGCUGGUCAGUAGCGGACUGGCAGAGUUGGAGUGACCACUGUACCUUUGUUUUAGUUAAGCUUUUUUAGUUUUUAUGAUGCUGUCUGUAUUGUUGAAGAUGCAGUAAGACUGCAGCCUGUUUUCAGUUUAUUUCCUGUUUGUUGUUUAACCUGAUCUUUUCAGUAUAAUUCAAGUAAAUAAAAUCUUCAAAUAAGGC